CCCAACUUGAGUUGGCUUUCGGCUUUACCUUUCUAGUUUCUUCUAUUCUCCUUCGCCUUUCUGCCCUCUUCCGCUUUGCUGCUGAGCUCAUCUUCCUUUUCCUUCCAUGGCUGCUAUGAUGCUCUUAGCACUCUUUCUGACCCUGUUUAGUGGUCGUUCUGAUGGUGCUUGGUGUGUUUGUAGGCAAGAUGCGAGCAACACCGCCCUUCAGAAGACCAUAGACUAUGCCUGUGGAGCUGGGGCUGAUUGCAAUCCUAUUCUCCAGAAUGGCGCCUGCUAUAAUCCCAAUACAGUGCUUGCCCACUGCUCUUAUGCUGCUAAUAGCUACUACCAGAGGAAGGCUCAGGCUCAGGGAGCUUGUGACUUUGCAGGAACUGCAACAAUAUCCCAAACUGAUCCAAGUAACAAUGGCUGUUCUUAUCCUUCCUCCCAAAGUUCAUCUGGGAGUAGCAGCAGCAGUCCUGGUACAGGAAACUCAACACAGAGCCCUGGCUCAGCUUCAAGUUCAACUGGCUUUACUCCAACCCAAACUGGAACAGGAGGAGUUCUGGGAGGUCUUGGCCCUUCAGGAACUAUCACUAGUGUAGAUGGAAGUGAAGCUGGUUUUCUCCCAGAUCCAAAGAUUUUCUCUCUGUUUCUCAUCAUUUUACUCUCUGAUUUGGUUUUGCUGAUGCUCUGAUUGAAGAAAAGAGAGAAAGAAAAUGCCUUGAUUAGUUAGAAGAAGUGGGUUUUUGAUUUCUAAUGGUUAUUGCGUUGACUUAUGAGCUAUGGUAGUGGUGGGUGGGGUAGGUUGGUGUAGUAGAAAUUUUAAGUGCCUUGUUAUGUUUCAUUUGUAAAUCUUUCCUGGAGGGUACUUCUAUUGAUGUUGGUGAUAUGAGAAUAUUUAUAUUUUUGUUUUUUUUAA